UCACAUCCUGUAUACUCAGCGUUUCCCUGGGAAGAGGAUAGUAGUGUGUUUUUGUACAGUAGCGUUAGUCUGAUUUCUGCAGUAUUUCUGAGAGAAGUAAAGCGUAUUCAGACAACAUGUUUUCCUUCAACAUGUUUGAUCACCCGAUGCCUCGGGCCUUCCAGAACCGCUUCUCCACACAGUACCGCUGCUACUCGGUGUCGAUGCUGGCGGGACCCAAUGACCGCUCAGACGUGGAAAAAGGAGGAAAAAUUAUAAUGCCCCCAUCAGCACUGGACCAGCUUAGCAGACUUAACAUCACAUACCCCAUGCUGUUCAAACUCACCAAUAAGAACUCAGACAGAAUGACCCAUUGUGGUGUCCUGGAGUUUGUUGCUGAUGAAGGGAUCUGCUACCUUCCCCACUGGAUGAUGCAGAACCUGUUAUUGGAAGAAGGAGGUUUGGUCCAGGUUGAGAGUGUCAAUCUCAUGGUGGCAACUUACUCCAAAUUUCAGCCUCAGAGUCCAGACUUCUUGGACAUCACAAACCCUAAAGCUGUAUUAGAAAAUGCUUUGAGGAACUUCGCCUGCUUGACUACAGGUGAUGUCAUUGCAAUCAACUACAAUGAAAAGAUCUACGAGCUGCGAGUAAUGGAGACCAAACCAGACAAAGCUGUGUCCAUUAUUGAAUGUGAUAUGAACGUGGACUUUGAUGCUCCACUUGGUUACAAAGAGCCAGAGAGACCCACACAGCAUCAUGAGGAACCUGCCGAGGAAGAGACAGACCCGAGCAGUUAUGAGAUGGACCUUGGCUUCAGAGCAUUCACAGGCUCUGGGAAUCGGCUUGAUGGAAAAAAGAAAGGAAUUGAACCCAGUCCUGCCCGCAUUGACCCAAAUGACAUUAAAAGAGGCAUUCCAAACUAUGAGUUCAAGAUUGGAAAGAUCACCUUCAUCAGAAACUCCAGACCACAGCCUCGCAGAAUAGAAGAGGACGACUCUGUCAAUAACUUCAUCGCAUUCUCGGGAGAAGGACAGUCCUUGCGGAAUAAGGGCAGGAAACCUUGAGCAGACACACUUCACCAGGAAUCAACAAUAAAAGCAUCCUACAAACUGCUGUUCCUGUAUUCUCCCUUUUUAGAACACAAGGUCAAUGAUGGUCUGUGCACUAGGAUCAGGAUCAUUAUGCUGUUUUACAGAUGUAAACGCAAGCAUCAGAGAUUCUGCUUUUAAUUUAUAUAUAUACACAGUUUAAGUAAUUUUAGUAAUAAAUUGAGGAAUAAAUGCAGCCCAAUGAUUCACAUUUUACAUAUUUUUUCUUAUCUUAUUUUAUCUUCAACUCUUUUUGCGCAGAUGACAGGAUGGAUUUAAUAUUUGUCCAAAAAUUAACUUUAGUUAACUUUAAAGCUUACCUUUAGUGGUGUUUUUUCACAAAUAAUUAAUGUAAAUAAGAGUUCUUGUUUAGUAAUGUUUCUGUUUGAGCUUGGUGGUUUUAUUUCCUUUUGAAGCUUCUCCUGCUUAUUAAAACAAAACCCAUGACUUGAUGUUUACUAAACAGUUUGAAAAAAGUGUAAACUUCAAUAAAUCCAGUUUUACUAUUGCAAUUUA